GCUGCUUCUCCCCCUUCACCCAUUGACGCGCUAGUCGACGGCAUAGACGACUCGAGGCGCUCGGCAGCUCGCAGUGAUGGCUGAAGAAGGAUAUGAUCGAAGGACCCUGGACGUGGCGUCCCUCUCCCAAGAAACCCCAAGAGCCCCCAAGCUUUGCCCAAGCCCGUUGCCCAAGACUUUCACGACAUCCCCCCAGGUCUCCCAAGAGCGUCCAAGACGUCCAAGACCUGCCAUCAAGAAGGACAAGAAAAAUCAAGAGAUCUUGCCCGAAAGCUUGUCACCAUCCGGGGAAAUACACACCAUUUCUGCAGCCUACAAAAGAGGCGCUGAAGCUAUCAGAGCCUCACGCCUAUUCAACAUCAGAGUUGACUCUCGAGUCUUGUGAGUGAGGCAGAGAGUAUUGAAGUUGUGCCCCCAUCCCAACAAUGCAGCCCUGUUCCGCUACGGAGACCAACCCCUGUCUGUCCCUUCUCCCCUCUCUCUCCACCAGCCCGUCUCUCCAACUCUUAUCAGCCAGAUGGACGGAGGAUUUGCAACCGGAUUGACCAUUCAAAAGCCGUGGACAAAGAGGAGUCGUAUCAUCCAACCAGCCACAAGGUGGCAAGUUGAUUAAUCUGUGUUCAGAGCUUCGGCCAGUUGGGCGGGGGGGCGGAGGGACGCAGAACACU